GGAGGUCGGAGUCGGUUGCGAGCGGCAAUCUGGCAUUUCUGGCAAUGUGGCUAUGUGGCAUCUGCGGCAAAAAAAGGAUUUCUAACCUGACUUCCAAGCGCGUUCGCGCGUUGUCCGAUUAGGUGAAGAAGCGACAUAAUGUCCUAGAACACGGAUUUCACGGAGUGCGCCGGAGAGAAACGCGCGUGUAUUAUAUUAGCUAUGUCUGCAUGCGGUGGACGAAGAUGAAUCUGCCGUUGAUUGUUUUCGGAGUCCUCUGUUUCCUGGACGUAUUUAGGUCCUCUUGCGCAUGGGACAACGACGAGUUGGAAGUGUUCGACGUAGUCGAGGAGGUCAAUCAAAAUUUUUACGAUGUACUAGGCGUUACACAGUCCGCGAACGCCUCGGAGAUCAAGAAGGCUUUCAGACGUCUGUCGUUGCAACUGCAUCCGGACAAAAAUCCAGCGGAAGACGCAGAGUUGCAGUUUAGAAAGUUAGUCGCUGUUUAUGACAUUUUAAAAGAUCCUGGAAAGCGGCAAAAGUAUGACAAUGUGCUCGUUAACGGAUUGCCAAAUUGGCGAUCAGCGGUAUACUACUAUCGUCAUGUCCGAAAAAUGGGAUUAUUGGAGCUGGGUAUUAUAUUGUUCAUAAUUGUCUCAAUAGCGCAGUAUAUCGUAUCUUGGGCGGUAUAUUUUGAAAAACGGUACACUUGUGAACAAGUUUUAGGCAGUAAACUUCAAAAGCUACAAAAGAAGAAUAGAAAAAGCAAAAUGGACGUUCCAGAUUUAGCUGACUUUUUGGAAAAGAUUCCUACUCCAACAAUGUGGAACACCCUUCCAUUUCAAUUACCAAAGUGGAUAAUAGGUUCCAUAAUAGCUACACCUUACACUAUUCGUCUUAUUAUACAACUCAUAAAAGAGAGGAAAGAGAAGAAAAAGCAGGAAGAAGAGGAGGCAUUAGCACAAGAAAACGAACAGCCAGAACCUGAAAUAGUAUCACGUGGGGUCAGGAAACGUAGGGCUGGCUUUACCCCACAAGAGAGAAGUGGUACUAAUUCUAAGGAAACCAUAAAGAAAGAAAAUAGCGAUUAUACGAAUCAUGUCUAUGAGAAACCAGCGGUAUCUGGUGGCUUGUGGACUGAUAAUGAUAUUUUAGAACUGAUAAAAUAUGUGAAGAAGUAUCCUGGUGGAACUCCAGAACGAUGGGAGAAAAUCGCGAGCGUUAUGAAUCGUACGGUCACGGAAGUUACGCACAUGGCUAAGAAGGUGAAAGAGGAAGGUUUGAAGCCUGGUGAAUCGGUGGAGGAAGUUUCUAUGGAAGAAAAACCGAAGAAGAUUAAGACCCGCAGUGAAAAUGCUAUCAGCAAUACCGAGUGGAGUCAAGAACAGCAAAGGUCUUUGGAAGCGGCCUUAACGAAAUAUCCCAAAGGUGCAUCUGUAGAUAGGUGGGAAAAAAUUGCAAAUUGUAUCGAAGGAAAGACAAAGGAAGAAUGCCAAGUGCGCUAUAGACAAUUGGUGGAAUUAGUGAAAAAGAAACAGCAGUCUCAAUAGUUCAAUUUGUAUAGAAUCCUGUUUUCCUGAAUGUACUUUGAGCCAAGAAAUAGUAUUACUAAACAAUACCCCCCCCCCCCAAGUGCAAAAGCGAAAAAAGUGAUAUUACUUGGUUAUAGAAAAUAUCAAUUCGUCUCUUGAAAGAUUAUAAAUUUCCUGCAAAUUCUCUCUCUCUCCCCCCCCUCUCUCUCUCUCUCUCUCUCUCUCUCCCCCCCCUCCUCUCUCUUUUAUACAAAUGGUGUGUCAACUACAUUACUGUAAUAUAAAUAUGCGUCCAUGAAAAAACUGUUAUUGUAAGUUAGAUAUUACAUCUAAGAGAAGGAAAGAAUAAUAGAAAUCUUUCCUAUAUCAUUUUAUUAAAUGUUAUCGAGAAUGUAUUUAUUUAAUAAAUUUAUUAAUUAAUCAAGA